GGCGCAGGCUCGGCGAGGGAGGCCGGGCUGGGGCCGGGGCUGCCCGGGCUGCGCUGCCCUGCGCUGCCCUGCCCAGCGCCAUGAGCGGGGCCGGCCCCGCGUCCCCCGCCCGCGGCGACAGGAGACGGGACUCUCCGGCCGCCGGGUCCCCCAUCCAGCCCAUCAUAAAGGAUGUUGGGGAAGUCUAUUCAAGACUGCUGGAUCACCGGCCAGUAAUUCAGGGAGAAAUACGUUACUUUGUUAAAGAAUUUGAAGAAAAGCGUGGUCUCCGGGAACUGCGAGUACUUGAAAAUCUUAAAAAUACAAUCUUUGAAACAAAUGAACGUGUUCUUCCCAAGUGUGAGCAGGCAAUGCAAGACAACUUGAGUGAAACCUUCAAGAGAUUGCAAGCUGCCAACGCUAUGAUCCAUAGACUCCAAGAGAGGGAGUGUGAAGCAAGAAAGCUUCAGGCAGACAAGGUGAUGGAACGUGAGGAGAAGUGCAUUGCUCACUGGGAGGAGUUCAUGAAAGAGCAGCAGAACAAACGUGCGGAGGUGGACGAAGAGCACAGAAAAGCAAUGGAGCGCCUCAAAGAGCAGUAUUCUGAGAUGGACAAGGAACUGGCCAAAUAUGCUUCUUUCUAAGACCUUUUUUAAUAAUGCUGGAUUUGUGCCAUGCUCAGUUGCUUCUGACUUAAAUUGAGAUUCUUUUGGAAAGCUGAAGCUGAUAGAAAAAAGAAUUUCCUCUACAGGCUUGGUAUGAGAAGAAAAGGUUUGCAUACUUUCAACUUAAGUGCCUAUCUAUGCUUUUUUGGUUCAAGGCAGGUGGAAUGCCAGUACUUCUUUGUUUAUUGGAAGAUGGAACUGAAAAUUGUGUGACUACAUCAAGCUCAGGGAGUUGCAAACUGGAGUUCUCUCCCAUCAGCAUAGUAUCGUAUCAUUUGGGAAAACAGGGACUAAUGUAAUAUCAGCUAUCCUGGUGUGCAGCCACAGCCCUUUCCCAAAAAGUAGGUUAAUAGAUUCCAGCCAUAGUUAUCUGAGAAUUCACUGGGAAAGCUAUAUUCUGCUUGUAGAUUUCAAGAAAAUAAACUUGUCUUUUGGAACAUUUUACUUUGAAGAUUAACAAAUGAAAGAUCUCAACAGAGUUCUAAAUCCAAUUGUAAUUCAAACUUUUGGGCUGAAUGUUCAGUAUUUUGAAGUAGAGUUGCAAUUUUUAUGGUUUUUGUUAACAUAAAAACUGUCAGGUAAGCUUGGUCAACAAUUCCCAUUUUUUCUCCCUGUAAAUGUCUCAGGCAUCUCUUUUACUGUUCUAAGCAAAGCCAAA